AUGAAGUGCCUCGUGCUUGCCCUGAGCCUGGCCCUCGUGUGUGGCACCCAGGCCAUCUUUGUCCCCCGGACCGUCCCGGAGGACCUGGACGUCCAGAAGGUGGCUGGGACGUGGCACUCCAUGGCCAUGGCGGCCAGUGACAUCUCCUUGCUUAACACUGAACGCGCCCCUCUGAGAGUGUUUGUGAAGGAGCUGAGGCCGACCCCUGAGAACAACCUGGAGAUUGUCCUGCAGAGAUGGGAGGAUGGCAGCUGUGCCGAGAAGAAGAUCUUGGCAGAGAAAACCGAGGUCCCUGCCGAGUUCAAGAUCAGCUACCUGGACGAGAACAAGCUGCACGUGCUGGACACUGACUACGAGAACUACAUGUUCCUGUGCAUGGAGAACGCCGCUGCCCCAGGGCAGGGCCUGGCCUGCCAGUACCUGGCCAGAACCCUGACGGCCGACGAGGGCGUCAUGGAGCAGUUCCACACAGCCCUGAAGCCUCUGCCCGUGCACAUCUGGCUCCGCUUCACCCCGACCCAGGCGGAAGCCGGUCCCACUGUCCCCUCCUUGGGCCUCGAGAGGCGUUUCUCCCAUCCCACCCACAGCCCUGUUGGUGUCGGUGCCGUGGGUCCUGGGCGUGAAUGUGUCCUCAGGGCCCCCGUGCUGGGACACCCGCCGGCCACCAAAGGCCGCAUAAGAGGCGCUUCUGGAGCCCGCAGCCUGGCGCUGGGACCUUACCUCCCUGCUUGA